AACCAGCACAUAUCGGCGAAGAAAUUCGGAGAUGUGUGAAGUCAACCAACCCUUAGUGGGCCAGCAUGGUUGACUAUAGCCUACUCAUCCAGAAGAUGCGUUGCCUACUGUUGAUCGACAGAGGAGGGGAAGUACAGAAGGAUAUGUAUCGUUCCUAUGCGUCAUUUCCAACGUCAAAUCUUCUUCUCCUGUCUAUCCUAAAGAAAAGGGGUCUAAAAUUAGGCCAUCUGAGUCUUACACUCAUCAUGCGUAACGCAUCGGGCACCAACUGCAUUACACGAUUGUUGCUGGCAUCUACCACUGUUAAAUUGCAAAUAGGAAAGAUAACUCCUGACGACUGUGUAGCUGGGACAGUCUGCGGCCCGUACGGUUGUUUAUGAAACCGCAACUAGGCUACUCGCUAAU